AGUGUGCUGCCUGCUCUAUAUGUGGCACUAGGGCGGCUUUAGGAAUCCGCUCCAAAUGUUUUCCAUAUUAGUUCAGAGCCUCCUCUGUUUCCAAAUAGCAACCAAGCCGGGCUUAUGGUGAGAGGAGGCCUCAACAGAGAGGGGAGGGGAGGGACAGAGGCAGACGACAGGCAGACGGGCUCACCCAACCCUAAACACUGCGAGAGUAAAAGUUGAGAGGACAGAAGGGUGUGAAGACAGGAGGAGAGUAAAAUGGGGCAGAAAGGUUCCUCAGACAAGAAGAAGGACAGGAGGAGCAGAGAUGAGAGUCCAGCGCCAGGAGAUGGUAAGAAGUGCAGAGGCUGUUGCUUCCCGCUGCUCGUUGCCCUGCUCCAGCUGCUGCUGGGGGUCGCGGUCGCGGCCGUGGCCUUCCUCAUGUUGGCCAUCAGCCCCUCACUCCUGGCCAGGGAGACGCCACACUGGGCUGGGAUCAUUCUGUGUUUAGUCUCUAUCCUGGGCUUCAUCCUGUACUGUGUCACCUACGUCCCGGAUGAGAGGACGACUCUGCAAUUCAUCGUCAAGCUCCUUUACUUCAUCCUGUGUGUCAUCGGCCUGGUGAUCUCCGUGCUGGCCGUGGCUUUCUCUGGAUAUCACUACAGUCAGACCAGCAGCUUCAGCUGUGUGCAGGCCCGCGACACGUGCGUGUGCACGCUGGACAAAGACGACCCCAUCGCCCGCACCUUCACCUACGAGGGAGUCAGCGACUGCGAGGUGAUCACGGGGACUCUCACACUCUACUUCCUCAUCCAGAUCAUACUGAACCUGGUCCAGGCACUCGUCUGUGCCGUCGGGGCCUUCAUCAUGUGGAAGGACCGCUACCAGGUCUUCUUCGCUGGUCUUCAGAUAGGCUCCUCCUCCACGCAGCAGUGGCAGAAGGUCUAACGUGACCAGUACAGUUCAGUACACUCUGAAGGACAGGGAAUCUUACUCUCUGGUGUGUCAGCCUUAAUGUCAGUUGUAUUAUAUAAUGGCUUUUUGCACAUAUUUUAUAUACCAUAUUUAGUGACUUUAAUGUUAUAUUGAUAUCGGGUUAAUGUUUGGAAAAUCAUUUCUAUUUAUCUUGACCUCUGCUCACAUGACUCAGCAAAACAGUCACACUUAAAGGUCCAGUGUGUAAAAGAGAUUGAAAAUACUACCCAUGAAGUACAAUAUGUUUGUGUAUAAGUGUAACAUAAGCGUCUUCUGGUUUUCAUAAGCUUAGAAUCAGCCGUUUAUAUGUACUUUUAUAAGCAAGGGCCUUGUUUUACAGAGGCGGCCAUGUUUCUACAGCAGCACAAAUGACACAGAAGAAGAAGAAGAAGAUUCUUUCUGGUUUGUCAGAGCCACCGUACUUUCCCACUGAAGAGAGAGAGAGUGAGGUGUGAGUGUUACAAUCUGACGUCUCACCCUCAGAUGUCACUAAUUCUUACACACUGUCAGAUUUGGGUAUAGUUACUUUGGAAAGUACAACGUUACUGUCAAAUAAAGGUAAUCCGUUACGUUACUGCGCCCCUUUAACCCUUCAGUUACCAUCCUCUCAUCGCCGUCAGUCACUCCUAGACCAUUUGUGAUAAGUAGGAAAAUUCAAACACUGUGUCCGGGGUGUGACCCUGCCGAUAAAUCCAGGCAGUCAUAAGAGGGUUAAAUGUACAGAGAAGUCCCGACACUUUCAGGAGGCUAAAAAUAACAGGAAUGACGGACAGCAAUAGUCCACUUAAUAGCACUUUAAUAGCACACACAAGUGGGUAAACAGGAGCUCCAAACCAGGUUAUAACACUUCACGUGUUAUAACACCCACAGAGUGAUCUGAGCUUUCCACCGACAUCGGACCGGACGUCUCGUCCAAUGACAGGUGCAAGUGACGGUUCACAGCACUCGGCGGAGAGCAGCACCGUGGCAGUGUCUCUGCAGUCCGGAUUUUCUUUUAUGGAUUACUUAUUUUCAAAAAAUAACUAAGUAACGGAUUACUUAAUGUGCUACGUUACUCACUACAUCAAAAAAGUGCGCUGUACCUUUAAAUUGUAGAAUCUUUCAAUCCUUUGCUUUGAGUUACUGAGGUUUGGCGACAGUGAUGCCAUGGUUUGGAAAUUGAAUGGAAUUGAAACAAAACAGUAAGAAAAGUCAUAGUUUGAUGAUGUCAGGAGGCAGUGUGGUAUCAUGGGAAUUGUAGUAUUGUGUGGUUUCUUUGUUUGUUUGCACUUAAAGGGGAGAAUUAAAACAUGAAAUCUCCUUCCUCACUCUUUUCUUACAUAAUAGUGACGUGCAUUACAUCACUGAAGGCCAUUAAAAUGAUUUCUAUGGA